AUGAAUAGUGAAAGUACGGGUAGUAUUAAUAAUCUUAAAGGUAUUAAUAAUAAUUAUAAGGAUAGUACGAAUAUUUUGAAAGAGGGAGAUGCUAUCCCCGAUGGUAAUAUUGUCAGUGAUAACGAACGACAGCCACUGUUAGAAAAUGAACAUCCGGCCAGUAUGCAAUCUGAAAAGAAAUUGAAAUAUAUCCCAAAACCCACAAAGGAUGAGACGUUGACUCAAAUCGGGGCAAGUCAGUCAGAUUCUACAGGUUCUUCUAGAUUUCAUACUAAGCCCAAUAGUAGGGUGGGUGCACAAAGAACGUCAAGAACAGCACAAAAAUUGAAACUGCUACCUGAGGAGGCCUUUGCAAAAGAGAGUAGUAUUGAUUCUGGGAUUACCGUCAAUGAUGAAGACAGAGAAGUCUAUUCUCAGGUGAAUAGAAUUAAAGAUAAACCUGCAAGGAUCGAUGCUCAGAAAUUAGGUAAAGCGCAUAGACAUUUGUUACCUAGAUGUACUGCAUAUUGUACAGCGAGUAGUUAUAAUAUGAGAGAGUUGAUCAGAUGGAUUAAAAACUCCAAGAAAAUACAUUUUACACAUCCCAAAUUAUUUGAUGAAUGUCUUUUUACUCCGUUUAUUUAUAAUGAUUGGAGGGGGGAUAAAAGAUUUGCACAUGAUGAUCUAAUUAGAUUGGAUGACGAAGGUGGAGAAAUUAACGUCAGCGAUAAACAACCUGAUUUAUUUAUAUUCGAAUAUGGUGUUAUAGUUAUGUGGGGGUUUACAGAAAGAGAGGAGAAGGCAUUUCUAAAUGAUAUUGAAAGGUUUGAGAAGGAAAAAUUAGCAGAAGAAGACGUUCAAGUGGAAGAGUUUAAUUAUUAUGUCACGCAAAGUUACCAGCCAAGAAUCUAUAAUGAUUUUAUUACAUUGAGGAAUGGAUCUAACUAUAUGACAAAGUUAUCAAUAUCCCAUGCCAUUGCACAAAGUGUUAAGAUUUCAUUAUUUGAAGAAUUAGUUGAUAAUACAAUUGAAGAUACGGAAGAUAUACCGCAACAGAUUGCCUCUAGUGGUAAAGUUUCUAUGAGCAAAGAAGAUAUCAUGAGGAGUAUUGGAGAAUUAUUUAUUCUUCGUAUUAAUAUAAAUUUGCAUGGAUCUGUAUUAGAUUCACCCGAUAUUAUGUGGUCUGAGCCACAAUUGGAACCAAUUUAUCAAGCCACCAGAGGUUAUUUAGAAAUAAAUCAAAGGGUGGAAUUAUUGAACCAAAGACUAGAAGUAGUUUCUGAUCUUUUACAAAUGUUAAAAGAGCAAUUAGGUCAUUCACAGGAAGAAUAUUUGGAAUUUAUUGUAAUAAUACUUGUUGGAGUAGAAGUUUUAAUUUCUGUUAUAAAUAUCGCUGUUGAUAUGAUAGCUAAUAAGAGAUAA